AAAAAACAAAUGAGCUCUUAUUUUGUAAACUCAUUUUGCGGUCGCUAUCCAAAUGGCCCGGACUACCAGUUACAUAAUUAUGGAGAUCAUAGUUCCGUGAGCGAGCAAUACAGGGAUUCAGCGAGCAUGCAUUCCAGCAGGUACGGGUACGGCUACAAUGGCAUGGAUCUCAGCGUUGGGCGCUCAGCUUCCAACCACUUUGGUGCCAAUGAAAGAUCUCGCAAUUACCCAGCCACUACCACCUCUGCAUCGACAGAGCCCAGGUAUAACCAACCUGCAACGUCUUCACAUUCGCCUCCACCUGACCCUCUGCCCUGUACCGCCGUGGCCACUUCGCCUGUCAGCGAGAGUCAUCACGGGGUGAAAAACUCCAUAGCUAACUCUACCAGCACUUCGUCCAAUUCCAGCAGCAGCACUCACAUAAGCAGAGAGGGGGUUGGCACGUCGUCUGGCACUGAGGAUGACACCCCAGCAAGCAGCGACCAGGCAAGUGCCCAGAAUGACCAAAGCACAGCUCAGCCUUCACAGCCCCAGAUCUACCCCUGGAUGCGAAAACUGCACAUAAGUCAUGACAACAUAGGGGGACCAGAAGGAAAAAGGGCUCGGACUGCUUAUACCCGAUAUCAGACCCUGGAGCUGGAAAAAGAAUUUCACUUCAAUAGAUACCUGACCCGCAGAAGAAGGAUUGAAAUAGCACAUGCUCUUUGCCUCUCAGAGAGACAAAUAAAGAUCUGGUUCCAAAACAGGAGAAUGAAAUGGAAAAAGGAUAAUAAGCUGAAAAGCAUGAGCAUGGCAGCUGCAGGAGGGGCUUUUCGUCCUUAAGAAAUUGAUCAAUUAAAAAGUACUGAGCAGUAUUAGUUGACCCUGCGCAUAAUGUCAGUACUAAGUUGACUUUCUAAAACUUCCUUGUGUUACUUCUGUGAAGAAACCUUGUUCUUGUCGCCCUAAUUCAUCUUUUAAUCAUGAGCCUGUUUCUUACCAUUAUAUCGCGUGUAUAAGUAGAUCUGCUUCCCAUACAUUUCUUUGUCUUGAAUGGCUUUGUCUUGAAAAUUUAGAUGUUUUAACUUAUUUAUAUGAAGCGAGCUGUGUUACUUGAAGUAACUGUAAAAAAGAGAGAGAAUUCCCCUCCUUUAGUACAAAUGUUAUGUGUUGCACUCAAUUUGCUUAACUGUGCAUGUGUGUUUAAGUGUUAAUAACUGUAUAGCUCCAAGCUGUUAAAAUAUUUUUAUUCAAACUACCUAUAUAAUUCUUGUGUAAUUAAUUCUGUUGUAGAGGUGAAAUGAUGAAAUACAACUGAACUUGUCCUACGUGUAGUGAAUAGUGAAUCUGUGACGAAAACUGUGAUUCCAAGCAGUAUGUCCUUGCUGUGCCUUUGUAUGACUCUUUGCACGAACUCCUAGAAGUGGCUCUUAUUAAGCGCAGCAUCAGUAAUGUAUGUUUUUUGUGAACAAAGUUACAAAUAUAGUCAAAGUCUGGCUGUUUGAGCAAACUGU